ACCAUGCAGGCUGAAUGGGCGAAUAUAUCUGUAUUUUUUUCGAGCCAUCUUUAUUCCACAACUUUGAGUGUUUAACACAUAGCUUUCAAGUUGUUACACUGGAAUUAAAUCUCCUGCAUGUAUAGGAAGCUCUGGGAUUGUUUACUAUUGAUUAUUCCAACCGUUGCCUUAAACAUAUGGCACCUGAUUUUUUUGACAUUUAGUUUAAGUUCUGGAAUUUGAUUGAAUUUGCUAAUCCAAGACUCCAACCAACAAAUUGCCUUCAACAGAGAAGAAUCUAGCCUAAAAUGUAAAACAUUUAUCCUCAACACAAAUGGCUGUGCAAUUUUUCUUUCGUAAGACACGUCCAUAUAUUCUCAUCAUAACACGCCAGUCUCUUCCCUGAAAACCGAGUCUUCCCUCUCUCUUCGCUAUGAAGUAUGAACCCAAAUUUUCUAUCCACCAUUUCCACUCCCGAUUUCGUGGAAAAUUUUGGUAUCUGUGCUCUUCCGCCAUGAUCAGAGAAGCAAGCUUCCAUUAUCUCUCUUGCUCUUUCCAGCUAUUUUCCUGACCUUUUGUUCCCCUUACAAAUUGGCCAUUAUAGACAAAACCGAAAGUUCUUUCUUCCUUGCUGCCUGACCAGAGAGAUAAGAAAGGUUUAAAAGGAGGCAUCCACGUGAACGCAUUAGAAGACUCCCGACUACGUCCCUGAUGGAGAAAGCUGAUAAUUGCUAAAGUGCUGAGCUGCGUGUAAAGUCCAAGACAAGUGUCUCGGAGGAAUUUCAAGCGGACUUAGGUGUACACUACACACCUUUGGAUUCGUCCACCAAAAAUGUUCCUCACGCAGGAACUUGUUCAUUGUUUCUGAGAUUAGCUGGUAAUCCCUUAGAGGGUUGAUUUAUCUGGCUAAGAAUGACUUCCGUUCUCAGGACUCGGAAGCUCUGCUCCGUAGAACCGUUGGGGUGCUCCUCACUGGGUUUUCAGUCCUUUGAAGCCUCAAAAGCUAGUAAGAAGCACGAGACCUUUGUUGCAGAAGUUGUGAAGGAAAGGAAAAGCAAGAGACAAUCUAAGGAAUGGACGUGAUUCGAUAACUGUUAUUGGAUGAUAGGAUGCACGUGUACUACUUGGUGGCUUCUCUGUUUCUUGUAUAGCUGCUUGCCUGGCUUUCAAGUGGCUGAGUCACCUGGGAUAAGGCUUAAGCUUGAGGGAGUGACUGCUCUUCAUCCUGUUGUUCUCGUGCCAGGCAUUAUAACUGGUGGCUUAGAACUAUGGGAAGGCAGACCUUGUGCCGAAGGCCUGUUCCGGGAGAGCCUCUGGGGUGGCAGUUUUGCUGAUAUCCUCCAAAGGCCUCUGUGCUGGUUGGAGCAUCUCUCUCUGAAUGGCGAGACAGGGUUGGAUCCACCGGGCAUUCGGGUAAGGGCAGUACCUGGGCUUGCUGUUGAUUCUCUAUUUUGGAAUGGUAUAAUCGAGAAUUUGGCAAAAAUUGGAUAUGAAGGCAAGAACCUGCAUAUGGUUGCCUAUGACUGGAGGCUGUCUUUCCAGAACACAGAGAAAAAGCAGAUUCGGGACCAAGCUCUUAGUAGAUUGAAGAGCCAAAUUGAGCUCAUGUAUGUAACAAACGGCUUUAAGAAAGUGGUAGUGGUGCCUCAUUCCAUGGGAGUUCUAUAUUUCCUCCACUUCCUAAAAUGGGUUGAGAGCCCUCCUCCCAUGGGAGGCGGAGGUGGUCCAGGUUGGUGUGACAAUCACAUCAGAGCAAUCAUGAAUAUUGGUCCACCAUUUCUUGGUAUUCCUAAGGUGGCUAGAACUAUAUUCUCUGCCGAAGGCAAAGAGUUUGCUUUUGUCAAAGCUACGGCUUCUGGCAUUCUGAAUUCUCGUUAUCUUGGUCUUCGAACGCUAGAGAAUGUCAUCCAGGUAUGUAGAACUUGGGAUUCAAUCAUCCUAUUGAUCCCAAAAGGUGGUGAAACCAUCUGGGGUACCUUGGGUUGGUCUCCUGAAGAAGGCAAUAACUGCGAUCAAUUUAUAAGUGUCACUAGUUAUGACAGCAGCUGUAAGAAGAAAGGUUUCCAGCUAAAAGAGUUUACCAAGUAUGGAAGAAUAAUCUCCUUUGGCAAGGCAGCCUCACAGUUACCUUCUUCACUUCUUGCAACGCUCAAUUUAAAGGAGCUGUGGACUGAAUACAAUGAGAUGAGCAGGGAAAACAUACAAAGGGUGGUCGAAAAAAAGGCUUAUACAAGUACUACGGUUUAUGAUCCACUUCGUUCUGUUUCUUCAAAAACAAUGAAACGCGCUGAGGCUCACUUCUCUCAUGGCAUAGCGGAGAACUUGGAUGACCCCAAAUACACCCAUCACAAACACUGGUCUAAUGCACUUGAGACCCAACUGCCAGAGGCUCCAAACAUGGAAAUAUACUGUCUAUAUGGAGUCGGAGCCCCAACGGAAAGAUAACAUGUAUAUCAGUUGUCUGCAUCUGAAAAGUGUAGGAGCAUUCCUUUCCAGAUCAAUAUUUCAGCAGAAGGAGACGGUGAAGGAAGCUGCUUGAAAGGAGUUGUGUAUUUUGUGGAUGGUGAUGAGAGCGUGCCUGUGAUAAGUGCAAGGUUCAUGUGUGCCAAAGGUUGGCGAGGAAGAACACGCUUCAAUCCCUCUGGUAUUUCUGCAUACGUGAGGGAGUACAAACACAAACAAUCACCAAGUCUACUUCAGGGUAUCAGAGGCCAGGAGAGUGGAGCCCGCAUCAACAUUAUGAGAAAUUAUGAAUUGAUUGAAGAUGUUGUGCGAGUUGCGGCUGGAGCUACUGGCUCAGACAUUGGAGGUCACAGGAUAUUUUCGGAUAUUAUGGGCAUGUCUGAAAGGAUCGAUCUGAGGCUGUGAUUAUUAGGUUUGACAAUGUUGCUGGCAUGCACGAUUAGAGGAGUGCGUAUGAGGAGGGAACAGCCAGUCAAUUGGUGAUAUAAUAACAGGCUCCAGAUUGAAAAACUUCAAUAAUCUGAUUCUGUAUUAGGAAGAAGCAGAUUCCGGCUUUGUUGAUGGCAGACAUCAAAAGUCAACGUUGUUAUGUUGUUUUCUCUCCAUGCAACAUAAUAAACCAAUGAAUAAGACCCAGGACACUUUGAGGACUGAACACUUGAUGAAAAGUCAUUCUGAGAAACAGAUAUUGGGGAUUAAGAAAUAUGGAUCACAUUAGUGUUCGAUAUUAUGCCUUUAAUUAAUUACAGGGAUUGGAAAUAGGUCUUCUGACUUCUGACUUGUGGAUGGUAAAAAAGCCCGGCAAUUCUCAACAGCAAAUCCGAAAAUAAGGGGGAAAACAUUCACUCCCCACAUAGCUUCUUGAACAUAAGAAAACUGCAUAACAGCCUAGAAGCAAACAACAUUGAAAGAUUAAUAGUACUCAUAGAUCAUCUAAGCUGUAACUUACAUAAGUUAACCAUACAAAACAGAGAAAUUAGUCUACUUGGAGUACUUAUGACAGCAAUUCAACAAUUUUUUUACAUCAGUAUCAUUUACAAUAACUUCAGCAUUCACACUA